AUGACAGUGACAGGUGCACUAUCAGCAGACGUAGCUCAGGGGACAUAUGUACCUCCAUUCCAAUAUGUUACCUCUUAUGCUCAGGCUCCCGAAGUGACAGGUUCGAUAACUAGUGCAUUACCUGUUAAUCCCACUGUCACCGCUUCUUCCGAUGCUGCCUAUGCGACGGCCUACCUUCAAGCUCACAUGAUGAGCUGGCCAUCAUACCGCUAUGCCUAUUUACUGUGGUUCGUAUUCAUCGCUCUGGGAGGGAUCUACGCUCUAUCCCACCAUCUUAGAUUAUCGGGCGGUUCCUUAGGUGCGGGGUUUAAGAAGUGGGGUAUGAAGAGGAAACCUGUUGGUCGGAAGAGAGCAGGAGGUGCAAGGGGAAUGGCACUACCAAGUAACAGUGCAUUGAUAUCCAUCGGGAUCAUGUCGAUCGUCACGGUCGUCUUAGCAUUAAUCGGAGCAGAUUACAUCAAUCCCAAUUCGUCAACAUUCAAUUUUGGUGACUCGUUUAGGAAAAGAGCUUCGAUAGGAUAUACAAUCAACAAAGCUUGGUGGACGACUGGAUCAAGAUUUGGAUUUAUGGCUUUCGCCCUGAUGCCAUUAGUAGUCUUAUUCGCAUUGAAAGCUCCGCCUAUCGCUAUCUUCGCCAUUAGGGGUUUCACACAUCUCUAUUCGGAUAAAUUGGCUCUGUUCCAUCGAGCGGCAGCAUGGAUCGUAUGGGGUUUCACAACUGUACAUGUGGUACUUUGGACGGUCCAACUAUUUCAAGAUCAACAGAACGGAAGAGCGGUCUGGUUUUUGAUUUGGAAUAGUUAUAGAUUCAUCUUUGGUUGUGUGGCUUAUGCUGCUAUGACUGCGGUUAUGGUGUUGAGCUUGAAGCCGUUUAGAAAGAAUUCAUAUGAGUUCUUCUACGCUGCUCAUGUCGUCUUUGUCGUCCUCACCAUUGUAUGCUCAGCGAUCCAUCACCCGGUUUUGUGGUUUUGGAUGGCAGGAGCGUUAGCCCUGUGGGGACUGGAGAGGGCAUAUCGUCUCGUACGAUUAGCCAAGAUCAAUGGGAUGUUCGGGAAAAAGAAGAGAGGGAACCUCGAAGUCGUUGCUGGAAGACCGUACAAGGAUGCUACGCAAAGCUAUGGGAUGCAAGAGCUCAAGAGAAGUAGUGAUGACGAUGCGCCGUAUACCGACAAGACUCUCCCAAGACCACCGCAAGCUCAACAGGAGAAUGAACAUGAAUUGAAUGAUUUUGGGAGAUCGUCUAAUUAUGGUUACUACGACGAAGGAUCGCUCCAACCUCUCGGAUCGUAUGAAACGCGAUACGACCAGCCCCAACAUCAACGAACAGAAUCUACAACCAGCAUGAUGCCUAUACCUCGAAGUGGAUCAACGGGUAACAUGGCUAUACCUCGAAGCGCCUCGAUGGCAAGCAUGAGACAGCCCUCCCCAGGGCCUAAUGUGCCUUUUUUUGUACCCGUUCCUAUCCCAAUCGGUUAUGCUCAAGCUCAACUCUUACCCUCACGCACAAUCCGAUUGACAAUCAACGUUUCUCGACCGUUCAAAUGGUCCCCUGGUCAAAGCGUGUUGCUAUAUCUUCCUGAAUUAUCUCGAUUUCAGUCACACCCUUUCACAAUAAGCAACAAUGAUCCCAAUGAGAUUGUUCUCCUCGUCAAAGCCAGGAAAGGUUUGACGAGAAAGCUUUUCGAUCUGGUACGGGCGCGAUCUCUAGCCGCUGUGGGAGUCAACGAUGUGAAAGAUAAGAGGAUAUCAUUGCAAUCGAUGAAUCCAAGUGAGACCAAAUCGGCACUGCAAGUGCCACCGAUCUUCAUCAAAGCGUGGGUAGAUGGACCGAUGGGAUCUGCAGGACGUGUGAAAUGGGAUAAUUACUCGACGGUUUUGAUCAUAUGUGGAGGAUCCGGUGUCAGUUUUGGUGCUGCGAUAUGCGAUCACGUCUGUCGGAAGAUCAAUAAUGGGAUUGGAAGGACUAGAAGAGUCAGAUUUUGCUGGGUGGUUAGAGAAUUCGCUGAAAUGGCAUGGGUGGCAAGUCAAUUGAGAAGAUGUCAAAAUCUAGUAUCGGCCUCACAACUUGAAAUCAGCAUAUUCGUGACGAAAUCACAUAAACCCAGUUAUAGACCUCAACAGAGUGCAGAUGAAUUCGCACCUCCCAGACCUGGUUUCGUAGGUGGACCAACACAUCAGAGAAGAGGAUCAGCCGAUUCUAUCACCAGUCAAUUGAGUGUCGAUACGGAUGCGGAACCCCAGAUGGAUUACGAUGAAACGGUUGAUAGUCAUCUUUCAUCCAAUUAUGCGGAUAUCAUCGAUUUGACAAAUUACGAAGAUGAAGAGGAUGUGAAUGAUCCGGCCGAGAAUAUCUUAUCUGAGAAUCUACAGAAACAAGGUAAGAUCAAACGAGCGAAAAGUAGAAAGGCGGCAAAGAGGAACACCAGAGGUAGCGGACCUCCUGCUGGAUCACCGUUGUAUCCACCUAAUCGACAAUCGCAACAUCAACAACAAUCGUCUUACGAUCGACCUUUGCCCCGUCAAAAUAGCUCUUAUGGCGUAUAUAACGAUUAUCAGGUCUCUCCGCAAAGAUUAUCAACUUCGUCAUACGAUGAUCCCUAUUCACCUCGAAGACCUUCAGGGUACGAUGAUGGCAAUUAUCAAGCUGGGCAGAACAAUCUAUACGCCCCUCAACCUAAUCAGUAUCAACCCCAUCCUCAAUCCGCACCUAUGAUGUUGUCCAGUACCAGUGGAUCAAACUAUGACCGACGACAAUCUUUCAGGUCUUUGGCAGACUCGACAUAUAAUCAGUAUAACCCGUUCAGUGGACCUGGUGGAGGAAAUUACUCGAUGGGUCCAUCACCUAGUCCGUCAAUAAUGAACUUUGAUGAUAAUGCUUCUGUUGCUGGAGAAUCCGUUAGAGAUCUGUUAUCAAGAACGUCAAGGACCCAAUCGAUGGUUUUAUUAGAGGAUCCAGAUUACACGGAUAACAGCUGUAUCUCGAAUCCAUAUAAUAACGAUACUGGUUAUUCAAAUGGGGGAAUUCACCAGGAUAAGAGGAAAUCAUAUGAGAGUAAGAAAGAUGGUGGAUUAUGGAUCGACGAAUCGGAUUAUGUGGCAAUGGAUAUCUUGACUGAAUUGACAAUCAAGGGUAAACCGAAAUUGUCGGCCAUGCUGGAAGAAGAGAUUGAGUUGAAUCUGGGUAAUAUGAUUGUUGCUACCUGCGGUCCAGUAACUCUGAAUACGGUAAUAAGGAAUUUGGUAUCCAAGCAUAUCUCACCAUCGAAAAUUCGUAAAGGUGAUAAAUCAGGUCAAAUCGAUAUAUAUAGUGAGGACUAUGAAGCAUAG